AUGGGUUUGUCUAAAACAGAGGUGAACUUGAGAAGAUUACUUGCAGCUGCGCCACAACAACAAAACCAAACAAAGCUUCUACAUUAUGUUUCCACUUUACGAGAACAACUGGAACAAUUAGCUGAAGAGAAAACAAGUGAAGGGUUACCAAGGGUCUCAAAAGCUCUUCUGAAUGAGUACUCAGGCAAAAUUGAAGCCAUUGCAGCCAGAUUAGCUGUCUGCGAGGUGGAGUUCAGUGAGGAAAUAUCUCAGGAGCAUUCUAGUCCAAAAUCUGGGAAUGAGUCUCCUUCAAAAGCAGGGGAUAUUGUUCAAGGUCAUGAAGGUUUGAGGAGAAGAUUGGUACCGCCAUCAAUUUCCGAGGAUGUAUCCCGUGAUAUCACAGAAGCUGAUCAAGCAUCACCAGUCAAAUUGGAUGCUGCUGCACAGAUGCACAUCCAAAAGCACAGGAAGCUGCAAGAAGACCUGACUGAUGAGAUGGUUGAUUUAGCACGGCAACUAAAAGAAAGAAGUAUCUUGAUGAAUCAAUCUGUCAAAAACACCGAGAAACUACUGGAUUCAACAGAGAAAGCAGUAGAGCACAGUUUGGCCAGCACUGAACGCGCCAAUACUCGAGCUGUGGAUAUAUAUUCCAAGAGUUCCAAGACUUCAUGCUUAACGUGGCUUUUGAUGUUUGCAAUGACUUUCAUCUUCCUCAUGGUAAUACUGCUUAUCCGUGUUACUUAG